AUGAAAAAGCAGUGUUCAGAUGAUCUUCGAAACAAGUGUGUGGAAAAGCAUAGCAAAGAAACCAGCUCUCAAAGUACUUAUAUCCACUCAGCAUCUCGUCAAACUUCAUACAACUGGGAAGAUGUGAAAAAUAGGACGAAAGACUUUUAUGAUGAUGGAACUAACACGUUUUUCUGGAAUGCUCAUACUGGGUUGUGCCUAUUCGUAUUCGCAUGUAUUCUCCUAUACGUUGCUUUGCUAGAAAACGGAAAUUAUUCUUCCGAAUACAACAUGAAGCGUGGUAUUGGUGCGGUUAUAAUGGUAUUUCUAUUGUUUGGGGUUUUGCACACACCAGAUGGACCGUUUCUCCGACCACACCCUGCAUUUUGGCGUUUUGUACUCUGCCUUAGCAUUUUAUACGAGCUUAUACUGGUUUUCCUGUUAUUUCAGAGUGUAGACGAUGCUCGUCAAUGGUUACGUUACUUAGAUUUAGAGCUUGGUAAACCUUUGGAAGAAAAAGAUUAUGGCGGAAAUUGUCGAAUAUAUGAUUGGGACAGACUAGAUGAUCCAUGGCACAAUGUCAUCUCAAAAAUGGAUGGCUUCGUAGUAGUCCAUUUUGUUGGCUGGUGGGCUAAAACGUUAAUUCUCCGUGAUUAUUGGAUAUGCAACGUCUUGAGUUUUGCUUUUGAAGUACUAGAAUACUCUUUGGAACAUCAGUUACCAAAUUUCUCAGAAUGUUGGUGGGAUCAUUGGAUCAUGGAUUUUCUAGGUUGCAAUCUUCUUGGAAUUUGGUUAGGGAUGAAAACAAUAAAUUAUUUAAGUAUGAAACCAUAUCACUGGCGGGGCAUGUGGAAUAUUCCUAGUUAUAGGGGCAAACUUCGUAGAGUUAUGUUGCAGUUUACCCCUCGCCGAUGGACGGACUUCGAUUGGCGUCCCACUGGGAGUCUGAAGAGGUGGCUUGGGACUCUGGUCCUUGCAAUCGCAAUACUCACAGCAGAACUGAAUACCUUUUACUUGAAAUUCGUACUUUGGGUGCCACCUCCUCACUUUUUGUGUCUCGGACGCUUAAUCUUUAUGAUCCUGAUGGGAGCCACUGCUAUUCGUGAAUAUUUUGAAUACCUUGACGAUCCCAAAUGUAAACGCUUUGGGAGACAAGCAUGGAUGAUUGCGAGCAUUAUCAUAACGGAAUUCUUGAUAGUUAUGAAGUUUGGUUGGGACAUAAUUACGAAGCCUUUUCCUACGCAUAUAUGCAUUUUUUGGUCGUUGAUUUUAACUGGUUUAGUUUCGUGGACUUUCUGGCACUUUUAUAUGGUACCUUGGUUGUUUCGAUGGGGUCGCUUGUCUAAAACUGAAAAGUCAGUGGACGAGCCUAUUCAGAGUCAUCACCUGCAAAAAGGUAAAAGUCCUGCUGUUUAUCGACGUAAUGCCAGAUCAUCAACGAAUUUGUUAAACCACUCGUAA